AUGACAAGACUACUAGAAUGGAAAGCAGAACGGGAUAAACAUAAGCAAAUGGAAGGUGUAAAAAAGAAACCUGCUUUUGUGGUUGGUAUAGUUCAUCACAAAAUAUAUUCUCCCAUAACACAAGACCAUGACUCAAAGGUAGAAAAUGCAUCUUCAACUGCAAAAAGAAUUACUAGAGUUACAGAAAAAACAUUAAGAUACAAAGCUGAUUUGAAGGAAGUAACAAAACUUUCCAUAAGAGAUUCAGAACCUGAUCAAAAUAAAGAGCACCAUGUCUCUGUGGUACCAGCAACAUCCUUCGUUCCUGAAGGUCGUACUAGUAUGACAUGUAACGAUACUCCUGAAAAAGAUAUUAUUGGUAGCAAUGUAGAAGUUAUUGAAGUAUUAAAUAAUAGCACUAAAAACACACCUGAAAUACUUGAUAACAUUACUAAAGAAACACAGUCUUCUUCCAAUAGUAAUACAACACCUAAAUCAGUAAAUCCUGUUUCAUCCAGUGAACCAGUUUUCUACUCACCAUAUGUAGUUUUAAGUCGUGGAAAAAGUAAUGCUAGAAAAAAACAGCAGAUAAAGCUUGGUUUCAGUCUUAAACGUUCAACGAAUGAUGAGAUUCCACCAAAGGAUGCUGUCAUGAAAAAUCUGAACAUUUCAAUUGAAGCAGAAGAACGUACUGCGCAAUAUUUUAAUUUUCUUUUAAACAGAGAAAUAGAUAAACUGAAUGAAUUCUGUGAUAAAUGGAGACAGGUAAAGGAAGAACUGGGGAUCACAAAAGAUGAUCAGUAUUUAAUUACUCAGGCUAUUGGACAAACUAAUUUGCUAAUAAGUAAAAAGUUUGAAAGAUUUC